GUUUUCACUCCAACCCGAUUUGUAACACAUGAUUCAGCUGGGUAGCAAGCUAAUUAUUAGAAUAAUGUAUUUGAUUAAGGUUGGAAUUGAGACCCACAGAGGUCUGUGGCUCUCCGAGAACAGGGUUGGUCAGCCUGGGCUAAAUCGUUCAAGAGUUAUAUAUUGGUAGCCUAUACUGUACUAGUCUAGCCUACGAGACAAGUAGCCUAGCUGAUGAUACAAGUUGAUCUGUAAUUCACCGAUCCACAACAACAAAAACGUUUAUAUAAUACACACCACUUUUCGUGAACAACAUCUAUUUUGUUAGGCAUAUCCUAUAGGUUUGUUGCCUUACCUAUGUCCCAAAUAUUGAGUUAAAUAUCCCAGUGCGUUAUCCGCACGUGUUUCCGCUUUGGGUCAGCUGAGAACGACAAGCACGCGGAAGAAGUAAAUUUGGAACGCCAAUAAGAAGGACUUCUGGUGGUUUUGCUCUGAUAACAAACUACUAGCACGCAGCGAGCAGAGUUGUCCUGUCAUCAGUUAUGGCACACAUCGAAUCAUUGGUUGCAAUGAAUGGAACGCAAGUUUCCUAUAUUGGACAUGACUGUACAGAAAUCCCAGAGUUCCUUGGUGAAAGAUUUGGACACUUUGCCAGAAGACUAGAUCUCAGCUUUAAUCAGCUAAGGUCACUGGCGGGCCUCAAAGCGUUCACUGAGCUGGAAGAGCUGGUCGUCGACAACAAUCUGCUUGGAAACGACCUCUGGUUGCCCAGGUUACCCAACCUCCACACCAUGACGCUCAAUAAGAACCAACUGACUGAUAUCGAGGCUCUGCUGGAGCACUUGGCUGAGGAGACCCCUGCGCUCGAGUACCUAAGCUUGCUGGGAAACGAAGCCUGCCCCAACGAGCUGGUCAGUCUGGACAAGGAUGAGGACGACUACCAGAGAUACAGGUACUUUGUUCUACACAAGCUGCCCACGCUGAGGUUCCUGGACAGCAGGAAGGUGACCAAGGGGGAGGUGGAUGAGGCCGAGGCUCGAGGAGCUUUCAUGAAGGUGGUCAAGCCCAAGUCAGACAUGGCCCCAGGAGAGCUUGGUGCAGAGACCACCGCUAUGCCAUACACACCCCUACCCAGAGGCUCCAGGGAUGGCAAGAACCACAAAGGUGUAUUUGCUAAGUGUCGCUACGUCUACUACGGAAAACACUCCGAGGGCAACCGGUUCAUCCGCAACGACCAGCUCUGAUGGACUGUUGGACUAUUGGACGGACGGGCAGACAGACAGACAGACUGAGUAACCGACCGAUUCCUUAUUUAUAAACGAUGAACUAUGUCAUUCCCCUAUCUUCGAUUCAUCUUAUCGGCCCUGUUAGGUCGAGGUUUAAUUGAAACAGGAAAAGUGUUUUGAAACAGUAUUCCCCCCCCCCCAAGCCCCUGGCGCCCCCCCGCGCCAGCCCCCUUGUCACGGUGGCAUGUGUAGGCAGCUAAAGCCAGGCCUGUGGUGCCCCCCCUCUGCCUCUGCUGCCUCUGCUGUCUGCUCCACUCUCCACUCCCAGAGUGAGCGCUGACACUCAGAUUGACAUGAUUACCUCUACGCACAGGCAACCUUGCUACUCUCUCUCCCCCUGUCUCUCUCUCCCUCCCUCCCUCCCUCACAUACACACAAACACACACCCGCCAAAGUCACCACGGUGACAGACACAUCCAGCCAAGCUCCUGCUCUGACAGCCGCGGCGCCCAUGAUGGAUCACCCGUCCCCUACCGCCAGUCAGCAGGGGUGAAAGGUCACACCUGAGCCCUAUCUGGGCGUGCGCAGAGCGGAGCGCUGGAGGGGGGCAGACGCAGAGAUGGCGAUGAAGAGAGAAAGGGCAGAUAGGGAUGGAUAGGACAAAGCUCCACGUAAUAGGUUCAGUCCUCGGAAGGAUGUCUUUUUUAUAACAUCAUUUCGGGUUUUAUAUUCCUCAUCUGCAGUCUUGAGCCAAAUCUGAUAUACGUCCUAUUUUACAGUGUUUAAUUUUGGGUGUGUGAUAACUAACCAUAUCUAGCUCCCUCAAGAUCUUCUUAUAAUAUAUAAUCAAGGUAAUAUCAGUAUCAUAAUAAUGUGCUGUAUUAUAUUGAAACUGAUGCAAUUCCUAUUCGUGUUACCUCUUUUGUGCAUAUUUUGGAUUGCUUUCAUGCUUUCACCUAUAUAAAUGUAUGUGUUACCAAAUCAUAUCCUGUGUUUUUAUAUAAAUAAUUUGAUAGUAGUUUUUAAUCUUGUAUAAAACAUUGUUAGAUUGGAUGUGCGUAGAAGGAAGGACAAAAGCAUCGGCAAAAUAAUCAAAUGUAAAAUCGGCACAUGGAAAUGAAGAAAUUACGUUUUGUAAUACUCGCCUUUAAAAUUCAUCCUUCGUUUAUUAAUUAAAAAACUGUUUACGCAAGCACUGUCUGUUUCAUGUAUUGGUCAAAAUAUCAAUGGUUUCACA